AUGGAGAUCUUCAUGAACAGACUCAGUUACUCCUACAAUCACACCCAGAUUACCCACCAUUUGGCACAUUAUCUCCACCGCCCCGAGUUCCUGGACGACCCAACGGCUCCCUUCAACUUCCAUGUCCAACUACACAGAGACAAGAUCGGCACAGGACGCCUGCAUGCAGGGCACGGUCGUUUGACUCUCCCCACCGAGGAAUUAGGAUGGCGGUUUCUCCAGAUCUACGGGCCAGGGGGGACCAGGGUGAUAAGCAUGGGAGGGAUGAUUAUAUCAUUCGAACGAAGCAGGGGCCAGGUCAAGCAAGACAUUCUGGCCAAUAUUCGACUGCUUCCCUUUCGUGACCCCCGUCUUGCUGAGGAGGAGGAACAGCGAUCGGGGGAGCUCUCAUCGACACAAAUUCCUAUUGGAACCAUCCAGUUCGGAUGGGACUGCCGCGAUGGUGUCGUAUCCAUCGAAGCAGAGGAUUCACCUCGUGUUUGUAUCCUCUGCUUCGACGAAGAUCGUCGGCAGUUUCGCAUCAAGUUCGUUCCCAGCACAGCGAGCACAAAUCAAGAAUACAUCAUAGCAAUUCGAACAUCCUCCAUCCAAUCAAUGUCCGUCCACACCUAUCUUUACAGGGAGAACGUUUUGCUCUUCUUCCUUUCGGAUCCUCCGACAUACGAAACAGUCCCGACCUCUGUUUCCUUGGAACAGGCCAUGUCCGCACUGAGCACUCAACCCAAUAGCAACUCUCGACCACUCCGCCGUCAGCUGACCUUUCUCCCAAUUCCGAAUCAUGAGCGAGUCGCUCCAUUUGCGUCCCUCGUCGUCCGCCUUGUUUUUCAGUCGGCUGAUGGAGUCAGGCAGUUCAACGAACUUAGGAAUCUCGCCAAUUUCCAUCGAGGCGCAACCUACGAGUACCCCAUCGCCCGCCGUGGUCUUUUCUCUCGGGAGGCUAUUGAAGAGUUUGAAAGAUGGACCAGGAAGCUCCGUUGGGAGGUUUCCUAUCAAGUGGAGUCCAUAGUCCGCGAUCUUUCAGUGGACAUCAAGGAGAUGCUGGAUAUCCUUCCCGACAUCGACCAACUCGCCAAGGCAAAGGGAAAGGAGUACGCAGCUGCCAUGCUCAAGACCUUCGGGCGGAAGGUCAAGACCUUGUACCGAAGCGAGGAACACGAGGACAACGCCCCGGACUCGGUCAGGGAGUGCUUUGAACUGACUCUCGAAGAAUUUUCCAAGGCUCAUACGACACCCACCUUGGAACCAACAGACGGAAGUUUGUACCAGGCACAGCAUGUCACCAUCACCCCUACCAAAAUCUUACUCGAAGGACCUUUCCCUGAACGGUCCAAUCGAGUUAUACGCGCAUAUGAGCCGCGACACCAGGAGUCUUUCCUCCGGGUUACCUUCGCCGACGAGGGCAGGUUGCAAUAUCGCUCCAACGAUCGGGAACUUGACCACGAAGCAUUUGUUCGCGAACGUUUUGGCGAGUUCCUCCUCAAUGGAUUGACGAUAGCCAAGAGACACUUCCGAUUCCUUGCUUACUCUCAGUCGGCUUUGAAGGAGCAUUCUGUUUGGUUCGUCAAGCCAUUCGUCGACACGAAACAUGGUCUUGUGAAUGCCGAGUCCAUUAUCCACAGCUUGGGCAACUUCGAUGGGUUGGAUUUCGAUUCCCAGUUGAUGCACUGCCCUGCCCGAUAUGCAGCCAGGCUUUCACAGGCAUUCACUGCGACGGAUGCUUGCAUCAUCGAGGUCGAAGAAAUCAUCAAUGGGCGCGACAUCGAGGUGGUCAGCCCGGAAGGCCAAAAGUACUGCUUCACAGACGGGGUGGGCACGCUCUCUCCAGAGCUUGCAAGGGAAAUAUGGAAACAUCUCAAACGGACGAAGAGAAGGGCUCGGUCCGUCAAGGGCCACCCAGCUGCGUAUCAAGUUCGCUUUAUGGGCUCCAAAGGGAUGCUUUCUGUCGAUUAUCGGCUGCAGGGGAGCACCAUCUACCUUCGACCGUCUAUGAUCAAAUUUGAGGCCCCGAACUCAAGGGCAAUAGAGAUCGCGCGUUCGUUCGACCGACCGACACCGUACUUCCUCAACAGGCCCCUCAUUACAUUACUUGAGGGCCUGGGCGUUCCCCUUUCAACGUUCAAAUUCUUCCAGGACCGUGCCGUCCGUGAAACUCAACAGGCUGCUUCGUCACUUGCAACAGCUGCCGCCAUGCUGGACACGUACGGGCUGGGUGCUUCAUUCCGGCUGCCGUCAGUGAUGAACAGCCUCAACAAGCUUGGGAUUCCAGUUCUGAACCAGGAUAGGUUUUUAUCAAGAGCCAUGGAGUACGCUAUCAAUCAUAUCCUUCGACUCCUUAAAAACCAUGCCCGGAUUCCCGUGCCUGGGGCUUGGACGCUGGUCGGGGUCGCUGAUGUUCACAGGUUUCUUCAACCAAGGCAAAUAUUCGCAUACGUCAAACCUCUGAAUUCCCGAGGGAUCUAUUUGGAAGGUCCUGUCCUUAUAUCUCGAUCACCAACGAUCCAUCCCGGGGAUGUACAACUGGUUCAAGCGAUCGGACAUCCUCCACCAGAUUCUCCGUUUGCACACGAGCCAUUGGCCAACACUGUCGUUUUCAGCGUGCUAGGCGACCGACCCUUACCAUCUUGUCUGGGCGGUGGUGACUUGGACGGGGACAUCUACAACCUGAUCCCUUUGGAGGACCCCCAACGUCCAGAACUCAGAGGGUUCACUCCAGUUCGACCGUUACAGGCACCUUCACAGUAUGCUCCGGCUCAGAGGAAGAUCCUCGACCGGAAAGCAACCAUGCGCGACGUGGCUGAAUUCGUGAUGGAAUACAUUUUGUCCGACGUUCUUGGAAUCAUCGCCAUAAACUGGCUCAUCAUCGCGGACCAAAGUCCACGAGGGAUAUACGACUCGGACUGUCUAAAGCUUGCAGACCUGCAUAGUGAUGCGGUCGAUUAUCCAAAGACAGGCAAUCCGGUUGCAUUAACGAAUAUCCCGAGAUUGAAGUACCGCACCAAACCUGACUGGAACGCACCCGAAACGGUUGAUACCAGCGCAUCCGGCAACUACUACACCAGUUCAAAAGCAAUUGGAAAGCUAUUCAGAGCCAUCGAACUUCCGGUAGAGAUGGAAUCCACGCAAGGAGGAACUAGAGUCCAAAGCCAUCGAAGCAGACGACGCCAAGGAAGGAACGCCAACACGCACUCCAGUGCAAUUCCCAUGCUCAGUCGGGAACCGUACUUCUCAAUCAUAGAGCGGAGGGUCGGGGAGUUCAUUGCAACAGAAGAACCGUUCAGGACCGGCAUUGACGAAGAGACUGAAGGCAUAUAUGCCAAAUUUACCUCUGAACUGGAGGGAAUUUGCUGGAGCCAUACGCUAUCCACCGCUCGAGAUGCUUGCUUGAAGGAAGAGGAAGCAUUAAUAGGUACGAUCACUCAGAAGACGUCCCAGCCAAGGAAGCGCAAAGACUUGAUAGCGAGGUUGCGAGAGAAAACAGACAUUUUAGUUAGGGGAACACGGGAAGCACUUGAGGGGUCGGAAUCGGACACCGAGGAGGACUAUCUCCAACGGGCAUGGUUUGCGUGGCUGCUGUCGCUGGACAAAGGCCUGGAGUUCGGGGCGAGGAGCUUCGGAUGGGUUACCCUAGGUGCAGUCUUCGACGCAAUUCGGCAGAUUGAAGAAAGGGAAGACAGGGAACGCCUAAGGUUGUAUAAUUAA